AAAAUGGGGUGUGCCCCUCGCGCACGGACGCUCCCGUGCGCACCCUGCCCCGAUGCCGUUCUUUAGGAUCUGACGGAUGGUGCAGUGAACGGCUCGGCUUCCUCGCAGGGAUCGACUUCCGCGUGACCUCGGCUCGUUGAAUCGAAUAGCCGCCCGGCUCCGCUUCAUUGCUCCCGGCUUCUCCAAUCGAGCCAUGACGCUCCAAUCAUCGGCAACGGCGGCUGCGGCGACGGCGGGAGGCUUUGCGGCGGUGCGGCGAGCGAAGAGCUGGUGGAGCGGGAGAAGAGCGGCCUCGACGCUGCCCACUCCGCGGCGGACUCCGGCCGCUUCCAUCCGCCGCGACCCUGCUCCCGCCGGUGCCUCCGCCCCAGCGCGCCGGAGCCCUCGCUGCCGGCCGUCGCACGCGCGAGGCCCUCGCUGCCAGCCGUCGAGCACCCAAAAAUUAUUGUUUGCCUUCUCUGAAGAUGUUGCUGCCAUAUUCAGAGUAGCAGACAAGGAUAACUCUGGCACUUUAACUGUGAAGAAAAUAAAAGAUGUUCCUGGAGACAUCUGUGAGAGAUACCCACAAGUGGAGUUGUAUCUUAAAUCCAACCAAAUGAAGGGCUUCCAUGAUCUACUCAAGGACUCGGAUGGCAACUCCAAGGAGUUGAAAGAACUGGACAUUUAGGCCACAUUUUUCUGUUGCAUUUUCUGAAUAUAUCCGUGUUGUAAUAGUACUCACUCUCCUAACUGAUAGAACUCUGAAGUGAUUUCACCAAAGGAACUCCACAAUGCACACAAAAGGAUUACAAGCUCCAUAUUACAAGCUCUGAAAUAAGCUAUCUGAAAUAAGCAAUCAGAUAACAGGUUCCAUAUUACAAGCUCCAAAUUAUAAGCUCUGAAAUGGUGGGCAAAAUCAGGAAUCUAUGUAUCAGUGACAGUUCUGAAAUCUGACACUUUUCUUAUAUAGCAGCUCACCUUUUCCAUAAUUUAUUUUAGAGAUUUCAGUGGUUGUAAUAUGGAGCUGCCCACUGCCAUAAUUUAAUUUCUUGUCUUUCAUU